AUGUGUAUUCGGCAGUUUUGUGAUGUUUUUUCUCUCUCUUCUCCUUUAGGGAUGCCCUCUUCAUGUUUGCUGGUUAAUCUUCUUGCAGCUUUACUCAUCCCUUCUGUGUUUGGAGAGACAGAAAUAAGGUUUGCUGGACAAGCAGAGGUCGUUGUGAAUGAAACGACCACUACGGUCAUCCGUCUUGUCGUCGAACGGUGGGGAGAGCCCGCGAACGUCACUGCGGUUGUUUCGCUGUACGGAGAAGACACGGGCGACUUUUUUGACUCAUAUGCUGCAGCUUUUAUACCUGCGGGAGAGACAAAUAGGACCGUGUACAUAGCAGUGCGUGACGACGACCUUCCCGAGCCCGACGAGACCUUUACGUUCCACUUGACGUUACAGAAACCAUCAGCCAGUGUGAAACUUGGAUGGCCAGAGACUGCUACUGUCACAAUAUUAUCAAACGACAAUGCGUUUGGAAUUGUUUCAUUGAGCUUGCCUUCAUCAGUCACAGUGACAGAGCCCAGGGCCAGAAAUGUGUCUCUGCCCCUUACUUUCGUCAGGGAAAAGGGCACCUAUGGCAUGGUCAUGGUGACUUUUGAGGUGGAAGAUGGUCCAAAUGACCCUGAAGAAGAUUUGAGCCCAGUUAGAGGAAAUGUCACCUUCCUUCCUGGCAGAGCAACAGUGGUUUAUAACGUGACAGUCCUUGAUGAUGAGGUUCCAGAAAAUGAUGAAAUAUUUUUGAUUCAACUGAAAAAUGUAGAAGGAGGAGCUGAGAUUAAUACCUCUAGGAACUCAGUAGAGAUCAUCAUUAAGAAAAAUGAUAGUCCUUUGCGAUUCAUGCAGAGCGUAUACGUGGUUCCCGAGGAAGAUCACGUGCUCACAGUUCCAGUGGUGCGUGGACAGGAUCACAACCGAAAUCUGAUUGGAUCUGAUGACUGUGAGGUUUCAGUCAGAUACACGGUUGUAACUGGGAACUCAACAGCACACGCACAGCAAAACUUAGACUUCAUUGAUCUUCAGCCAAACACGACUAUUGUUUUUCCACCUUUCAUUCAUGAAUCACACCUGAAAUUUCAAAUAAUUGAUGACAGCAUACCAGAGAUUGCCGAGUCAUUUCACGUCAUGUUACUGAAGGAUACCUUACAGGGGGAUGCUGUGCUAAUAGGUCCUUCUCUUGUUCAAGUCACCAUUAAGCCAAACGACAAACCUUACGGAGUUCUGUCAUUCAACAGUGUUUUGUUUGAAAGACCAGUUAUAAUUGAUGAAGAUAUGUCAAGUUCUAGAUCUGAAGAGAUUACAGUGGUGAGAAAUGGUGGCACCCAUGGGAAUGUUUCUGUGAACUGGGUGCUGAUGCGGAAUGGCAGUGACCCCUCACCGGUUACGGAGGAUGUCACACCAAGCUCUGGGCUCCUCCGGUUUGCACAAGGGCAGUUGCUGGCAUCAGUUUCUCUCACCAUCGUUGAUGACGAUCUUCCAGAAGAGGCUGAAGCUUACGUCCUUAGGAUUCUCCCUCACACGAUACAAGGCGGUGCUGAAGUGGGCGAACCAGCCGAGCUUUUGUUCCACAUUCAGGACAGUGAUGACGUCUAUGGACUAAUAGAACUUUUUCCUGCCGAAAGCCAGAAAAUUGAAAGCAGUCCGGGGGAGCGAUAUUUGUCCUUGAGCUUUAGAAGAGAGGGAGGAGCGACAGGAGACGUGAGGGUGCUUUACUCUGCACUGUACAUUCCUGCCGGAGCCAUGGACCCCCUGCGAGCAAAAGAUGGCAUCUUGAACGUAUCCCGGAGAAGCAGCCUCCUUUUCCCGGAACACAGAAAGCACGUCAGCACCAAGUUACCAAUAAGGAACGAUGCAUUCCUUCAGAACGAGGCUCACUUUCUAGUGCAGUUGGAAACUGUGACGUUGGUGAACAUAUUUCCCCCAAUUCCUCCUGUAAGUCCUAGAUUUGGGAAAGCUAGAAAUAUUUCUUUACUGGUCACUCCAGCCAUUGCAAACGGAGAAAUUGGCUUUAUUAGCAAUCUUCCAAUCGUUUUACACGAACCAGAAGAUUCUGCUUCACAGGUGGUUUACAUUCCUGUACAUCGAGAUGGAACUGAUGGCCAAGCUACUGUCUACUGGAGUUUGAAGGCCUCUGGCUAUAAUGCGAAAGCACUGACCACAGAUGAUAUAGGUCCCUUUAAUGGCUCUGUUCUGUUUUUAUCUGGGCAAAGUGACACAGUGAUCAACAUUACUGUCAAAGGUGAUGACGUUCCGGAAAUGAAUGAAACUGUAACACUUUCUCUGGACAGGGUUAACACGGAUAAUCAAGUGUUGAAAUCUGGCUAUACCAGCCGUGACCUAAUUAUUUUGGAAAACGAUGAUCCUGGGGGUGUCUUUGAAUUUUCUCCUUCCUCGAGAGGACCCUAUGCUAUAAAAGAAGGAGAAUCUGUAGAGCUCCACAUUAUUCGAUCCAGGGGAGCUCUUGUGAAGCAGUUUCUGCACUACCAAGUAGAGCCAAGAGAUAGCCAUGAAUUCUAUGGCAGCACAGGAGUGCUGGAAUUCAAGCCCGGCGAGAGGGAAAUAGUGAUCACCUUGCUAACGAGGUUGGAUGGCAUACCAGAGGUGGAUGAGCAGUACUGGGUCAUCCUCAGCAGCCACGGUGGAAGAGAGAGCAAGCUGGGGCGGGCCACAGCUGUCAACAUAACGAUUUUAAGCAACGAUGAUCCUUGUGGCAUUGUAGAAUUUCUAUCCGAUGAUCUGACUGUGAUCAUAAAUGAAAGCAAAGGAGACGAUAUCUAUAGUGCUGUUUACGGUGUAAUAAGAAAGCAAGGCAACUUUGGAGAUGUGAGUGUAUCAUGGGUCAUUAGUCCCAACUUUACGAAUGAUAUAUUUCCUGUGCAAGGGGCUGUAUUUUUUGGAGAUCAGGAAUUUUUUAAAAAUAUCACCGUUCACUCCCUUCCAGAUGAGAUUCCAGAGGAGAUGGAGGAAUUUACCAUUGUGCUGCUGAAUGCCACGGGUGGAGCUAAGGUGGGAAACAGGACAACAGCCGCGCUGCGGAUCCGAAGAAACGACGACCCCAUCUACUUUGCAGAGCCGCACGUAGCCGCCGUCCAGGAGGGGCAGACGGCCACUUUUGCUGUUCUCAGAAAUGGAUCCCUUGAGGCCGCCUGCGCGGUUCAGUACGCCUCCGUGGAUGGAAAGGCGUCAGCGAAAGAGGGAGAUUUUGUUCCUGUUGAGAAAGGACAGAGCCUUGUCUUCGAGGUUGGAAGCCGAGAGCAGAGCAUAUCUGUGCACGUGAAGGACGAUGACAUCCCAGAAACCGAUGAGCCCUUUUAUAUCGUCCUUUUUAAUUCCACAGGUGACACAGUAGUCGAUCUGCACAGGACAGCUACGGUUAUAAUUGAAGCUAACGAUGACCCCAACGGUGUUUUUUCUCUGGAGCCCAUAGACAAAGCAGUGGAAGAGGGGAGCACUGCUGCAUUUUGGAUUCUGAGGCACCGAGGGCACUUUGGGAAUGUCUCCGUGGCUUGGCAGCUGUUUCAGAAUGAUUUGGCUUUGCGCUUGGGACAAGAGUUCUUUGAAACUUCAGGGACGGUUACCUUCAUGGAUGGAGAAGGGUCAAAACCAAUAAUUCUCAGUGCGUUUCCGGAUACAGUUCCUGAAUUCAAUGAAUUUUAUGUUUUAAAGCUUGUAAACAUUUCAGGUGGUUCUCCAGGUCCUGGGGGCCAACUAGCAGAAACCAACCUUCAAGUGACAGUAAUGAUUCCGUUCAAUGAUGAUCCCUUCGGCGUUUUCAUCUUGGAUCCAGAGUGUUUGGAGAGAGAAGUGGCAGAGGAUGUCCUCUCAGAAGACGAUGUAUCUUAUAUUGCCAAAUUCACCGUUCUGAGGCAACAGGGCAUCUUUGGAGAUGUGCGGGUUGGCUGGGAAGUACUGUCAAGUGAGUUCACUGCUGGUUUGCCACCAGUGACAGACUUUUUACUGGUUGGAAAUUUCCCCAGCGCUGUGCAUCGGCAGCCGCACAUGCGGCGCCACCACAGCGGAACAGAUGCCUUGUAUUUCAGCGGGCGAGAGGGCGCCUUUGGCACUGUGGAUCCAAGGCAUCAUCCCUCCAGGAACAACACGCUUGGCAACUUUACAUUCUCAGCUUGGGUGAUGCCUAAUGCCAACACAAAUGGAUUUCUCCUAGCGAAGGAUGAUGGUAAUGGAAGCAUCUACUAUGGGGUAAAAAUCCAAACAAAUGAAACCCAUGUGACACUCUCCCUCCAUUAUAAAACUUUCGGAGCCACCGCGACGUAUGUGGCCAAGACCACAGUCAUGAAAUAUUUAGAAGAGGGGGUUUGGCUCCAUCUUCUGAUUAUCCUGGAUGAUGGCAUCAUUGAAUUCUACCUGGAUGGAAAUGCAGUGCCCAGAGGCAUUAAGAGUCUGAAAGGAGAAGCCAUUGCUGAUGGUCCGGGAGUUCUGAGAAUCGGAGCGGGGCUCAAUGGCAGCGACAGAUUCACGGGUGUGAUGCAGGACGUGAGGUCCUACGAGCGGAGACUGACAGCUGAAGAAAUUCAUGAACUUUAUGCUAUGCCGGCGAAGAACGAUUUACACCCCAUUUCCGGAUAUCUGGAGUUCAGACAAGGAGAAACUAACAAAUCAUUCAUUGUUUCUGCACGAGAUGAUAAUGAAGAGGAAGGGGAAGAGUUAUUCCUUCUUAAACUCAUCUCUGUCUCUGGAGGGGCCCAUAUUUCUGACGUGAAUACGACAGCUAGAUUAAAAAUACAGAAAAGUGACAAUGCCAAUGGCCUGUUUGGCUUCACAGGCACUUGCAUUCCAGAGGCCGCAGAGGAGGGGUCCACCGUCUCCUGUGUGGUGGAGCGAACGCGCGGAGCCCUGGGCCACGUGCACGUUUUCUACACCAUCUCGCAGGUCGAGUCUGAAGGCAUCAAUUACCUCGUUGAUGAUUUUGCUAAUUCCAGCGGGACUGUCACCUUCCUUCCUUGGCAGAGAUCCGAGGUUCUGAAUUUAUAUGUCCUUGAUGAUGACACGCCUGAGCUUAAUGAGUAUUUCCGGGUGACACUGGUUUCUGCAGUUCCUGGAGACGGAAAACUAGGUUCAACUCCCACCAGUGGGGCUAGCAUAGACGCUGAGAAGGAGACGACGGAUGUCACCGUUAAAGCUAGCGACCAUCCUUAUGGCUUGCUGCAGUUCUCCACCGGGCUGCCCCCCGGCCCUGGCGACGCGCCCAGCCCGCCUGCCAGCAGUGUGCCCCACCUCACGGUGCAGGAAGAGGAUGGGGAAGUGCACCUACUGGUUACCCGAGCACAGGGACUCCUGGGCAGGGUGACUGCGGAAUUUAGGACAGUGCCGCUGACAGCCUUCAGCCCACAGGACUAUCAGAGUGUUGCUGGUACAUUAGAAUUUCAGCCAGGAGAAAGAUAUAAAUAUAUUUUUGUCAACAUUACCGAUAAUUCUAUUCCUGAACUGGAAAAAUCUUUUAGAGUUGAACUGUUAAACUUGGAAAGAGGAGGGGCUGAGCUCUUUCGUGUGGACGGCAGUGGUGGUGGAGAUGGGAACGGGGGAUUCCUCCUCCCAGCUGCUCACAGACGUGCCAGCCUCGGCGUGGCUUCCCAGGUUCUGGUGACCAUCGCAGCGUCUGAUCACGCUCACGGCGUGUUUGAAUUCAGCCCCGAGUCACUCUUUGUGAAUGGAACUGAGCCGGAAGACGGGUACAGCACUGUGGUCCUAAGUGUUAUGAGGACCCAUGGAGCUCUGUCUCAGGUGACUUUGCAUUGGAACAUAGACUCUGACCCGGAUGGGGAUCUUGCUGCCACCUCUGGCAACAUCACCUUUGGGAUUGGUCAGAGGACUGCCCACAUCACGGUGGAAGUACUGCCGGAUGGAGCCCCAGAGCUGGACAAAGUGUUCUCCGUGUCGCUUGUCGCUGUUUCCAAUGGUUCACUGGGGAUUCUCACAAAUGCCACAUUAACGGUCUUGGCUAGUGAUGAUCCUUACGGAGUCUUCAUUUUUUCUGAGAAAAAUAGGCCUAUUAGGGUUGAGGAAGCAACCCAGAAUGUCACAUUAUCAAUAAUAAGAUUGAAAGGCCUCAUGGGAGAAGUCAUAGUCUCCUAUGCAGCUGUUGACGAUCUGGAGAAAACACCACAUUUCCCACCUAACGUAGCCAGAGCCAAUCAAGGAAGAGACUACAGGCCAGCAUCAGGGUUUGCUCUCUUCAGUGCCAAUCACACAGAGGCGACCAUAACUCUUUCAGUCUUGGAUGAUGAUGAACCAGAGAGGUCUGAAUCUGUGUUUAUAGAACUGCUCAACUGUACCUUAGCAGAGAAGGUGCAGAGUCGCCCAAUUCCAGGGUCCCCCCGCCUUGGGCCGAAGGUAGAGACCAUAGCCCACGUCAUCAUCGUCGCCAACGAUGAUGCAUUUGGGACGCUGCAGCUUUCAGCGCCACUUGUUCGCGUGGCGGAAAAUCACGUUGGACCCAUUGUCAACGUGAGUAGGUCAGGAGGAGCAUUCGCAGAUGUCUCUGUGAAGUUUAAAGCUGUGCCAGUUACCGCCGUGGCUGGCGAAGACUAUAGCAUCGCUUCUUCAGAUGUGGUCCUUCUAGAAGGGGAAGCGAGCAAAGCGGUGCCGAUCUAUAUCAUUGAUGACAUUUCCCCAGAGCUGGAAGAAUCCUUCCUCGUGCAGCUGGUGAAUGAAACAACAGGAGGAGCCAAAAUAGGGGCUUUAACCAAAGCGGUCAUUAUUAUUGAGGUGUCCGAUGACCCGUACGGAUUAUUUGGUUUUCAGAUGACUAAAUUUAUUGUAGAGGAACCUGAGCUUAACUCAGUGAAGGUAAACCUGCCGGUAAUUCGAAAUUCUGGGACACUCGGCAAUGUCACUGUUCAGUGGGUUGCCACCAUUAAUGGACAGCUUGCUACUGGCGACCUGCUUGUUGUCUCAGGUAAUGUGACCUUUGCCCCCGGGGAAACCAUUCAGACCUUGUUGUUAGAGGUCCUGGCCGACGACCUUCCGGAGACCGAAGAGGUUAUCCAAGUGCAGCUAACUGAUGCCUCUGAUGGAGGUACAAUUGGGUUAGACCGAGUGGCAAAUAUUAUUAUUCCAGCCAAUGAUAAUCCUUAUGGUACAAUAGCCUUUGUUCAUUCGGUUUAUCGUGUUCAAGAACCUCUGGGAAGAAGUUCCUGUGCUAACAUAACUGUCAGGAGAAGCGGAGGGCGCUUUGGCCGGUUGCUGAUCUUCUACAGCACAUCUGACAUUGAUGUCGUGGCUCUUGCAGUAGAAGAAGGUCAAGAUUUACUCUCCUACUAUGAAGCACCAGUUCAAGGGGCGCCUGACCCACUCUGGAGUACCUGGGUGAAUGUGUCUGCAGCGGGGGAGCCCCGGCUCGCCUGUGCCGCCUCCUGCCUCAGAGAACAUGCCUGCGCAGCCUUUUCCCUUGCCAGUGCUUCUGAAGGCUUCCAGUGUUUUUGGAUGGCAUCGUGGGUCGGCCCAUCGCCCAACAGCUCAGACUUCUGGACCUACAGGAAAAACCUGACCAGGGUAGCAUCUCUCUUCAGUGGCCAGGCUGUGGCUGGUGGUGACUAUGAGCGGGCCACAAGGCAGUGGGCCGUCAUGCUGGAAGGCGACGAGUUUGCGAAUCUCACCGUCUCUAUACUUGUGGAUGAUUUUCCAGAGAUGGAUGAGAGUUUCCUCAUUUCCCUCCUCGAGGUUCACCUGAUGAACACCACCGCCAGUAUGAACAACCGGCCAACCAUAGGGCACCCCAACAUGUCUUCAGUUGUCAUAGCCCUGAAUGGCGACGCCUUUGGGGUGUUCAUUAUCUACAGCGUUAGUGCCAAUAGCUCUGCGGAUGGCUCCUCUGUGCAGGUGCCGGAGCAGCGGGCCUCCGUGGAGCUGGUGGUCCACAGGACCGGCGGCAGCCUCGGCCAGGUCACAGUUGAAUGGCGCGUUGUUGGAGGAACGGCUACUGAAGGGUUGGAUUUCAGAGGGGCUGGAGGCAUGCUCACUUUUGCUGAAGGUGAAACAAAAAAGAUGGUCAUUUUAACCAUUUUGGAUGAUUCUGAGCCAGAAGAUGACGAAAACAUUAUAGUCAGUUUGGUGUACACUGAAGGCGGAAGCAGGAUCUUGCCCAGCUCCGACACUGUGACGGUGAACAUUCUGGCCAACGAUAAUGUGGCAGGAAUUGUUAGCUUUCAGACAGCCUCCAGAUCUGUCAUAGGUCAUGAAGGAGAAAUUUUGCAGUUCCAUGUGAUAAGAACACCUCCUGGUCUAGGAAAUGUUACAGUCGAUUGGAAAAUUGUUGGGCAAAAUCUAGAACUCAAUUUUGCUAACUCUACGGGACAACUCUUUUUUUCUGAGGGGACAUUGAAUAAAACAGUCUUUGUACAUUUGUUGGAUGACAACAUUCCCGAGGAAAAAGAAGUGUACCACGUCAUUCUAUGUGAUGUCAAGACACAAGGUGUUCCCCCGGCUGGAGUUGCUCUGCUUGACGCUCUGGGAUACGCAGCUGUCUUGACGGUGGAGGCCAGUGACGAGCCACAUGGGGUCUUAAAUUUCGCCCUUUCAUCCAGAUUUGCUUUGCUACAGGAGGCGGACAGGACAGUCCAACUUUUCAUCAACAGAGAGUUUGGAUCUCUAGGGGCCAUCAAUGUGACGUAUGCCACGGUUCCUGGAACGUUGAGUCUGAAAAACCAAACAGAAGGAAACCUUGCAGAGCCAGAGGUGGAUUUUGUCCCUGUAGUAGGCUUUCUGGUCUUGGAAGAAGGGGAGACAGCGGCAGCCAUCAACAUUACUAUACUCGAGGAUGAUAUACCAGAGUUAGAAGAAUAUUUCUUGGUGAAUUUAACCCAUGUUGAACUUAUCAUGGCUCCUUUGACUUCAUUUCCUCCCAGACUAGAUUCAGAAGGUUUGACUGCACAAAUUAUUAUUGAUGCCAAUGAUGGGGCCCGAGGUGUCAUCGAAUGGCAACAGAGCAGAGUUGAAGUGAACGAAACCCAUGGCAGUGUAACCCUAGUAGCCCAGAGGAGCAGAGAGGCCCUGGGCCAGGGUUCCUUGUUUGUGUAUCCCCAGAACUUGGAAGCACAGUUGGGGCUGGAUUACGUCUUUACUCCAAGGAUUCUUGAUUUUGCUGAUGGAGAAAGGUAUAAAAACGUGGACAUCACGAUUCUUGAUGAUGACGUUCCAGAAGGAGAUGAAAAUUUUCAGUUGAUAUUAACAAAUCCUUCUCCUGGGCUGGAGCUGGGGGAAAAUAUGAUAGCCUUGAUUACUGUGCUUGCUAACGACGAUGGCCCUGGAGUCCUGUCCUUUAACAACCCUGGGCACGUCUUCCUGCGGGAACCGGCCGCGCUGUCUGCGCAGGAGAGCACGGCGGUGCUGCAUGUCGCCCGGGAGCCCGCACACGGCCUGUUUGGAACCGUGACCGUUCAGUUCAUGGUGACAGAAGUCAACUCGUCCUCAGAGUCUCAGGACCUGACUCCCUCCAAAGGCUUCAUAGUUCUCGAGGAUGGCGUUAGGCUUAAGGCCUUACAUAUCUCUGCCAUAUUAGACGCGGAACCCGAGAUGGAUGAGCAUUUUGUCUGCACUUUGUUUAAUCCAACUGGAGGUGCCAGACUAGGGGCACAUGUUCAAACCCUUAUAACAGUUUUGAAAAACCAGGCCCCUUUGGGGCUGUUCAGUAUAUCUGCUGUUGAAAAUAGAGCCACCUCUAUAGACAUUGAAGAAGCCAACAGGACUGUGUACCUAAAUGUAUCACGUGCUAAUGGCCUUGACUUAGCUGUGAGUGUGCAGUGGGAGACAGUAUCUGAAACGGCCUUUGGCAUGAAGGGAAUAGAUGUUGUCUUUUCCAUAUUUCAAAGUUUUUUUGACAAGUCAGCCUCUGGCUGGUGUUUUGUUCCUGUGGAAGAUUUAAUAUAUGGCAUCAUGUUAAGAAAAUCAUCAUUUAUUCUUUACCGAUGGCAAGGGAUUUUUGUUCCAGUUGAGGAUUUUAAUAUAGAAGGCCCUAAAACUUGUGAGACCUUUAAUAUUGGUAUUUCCCCCUACUUUGUGAUUACUCAUAAAGAAAGAAAUGGAGAAAAGCCUUCUGUUAACAGUGUGUACACAUUCACAUCUGGAUUCAACUUAUUCCUGGUUCAGACAAUAAUUAUUCCAGAAAGUUGUCAAGUACGAUAUUUUACUUCAAAUAGUCAAGAAUAUUUAAUUAUUGCAAGUCAAAGAAGUGAUUCAGAAUUGACUCAGGUCUUCAAGUGGAGUGGAAGCAGCUUUGCCGUGCAUCAGACGCUCCCUGUGCGUGGCGUGCUGGCCGUGGCCCCGUUCAGCAGAGGGAGCAGCGUUUUCCUCGCCAUUUCCCAAGCGAGUGCCCGACGGAAUGCCCUUUUAUUCAGGUGGUCGGGCAGUCAGUUUGUUAACUUUCAAGAAGUGCUGAUAAGCGGGACAACGCAAGUUGAGGCCUUGUCGUCAGGCGAUGAUAUUUACUUAAUCUUUGCCAAAAAUAUGUCUUUAGGAGAUCAGAAUUCAAUUGAUAUUUACAUCUGGGAGAUGGGACAGUCUUCUUUCAGAUAUUUUCAGUCUCUACCUUUUGCUGCUAACAGAAUCCAUUCCUUCACACCAGCCUCUGGAAUAGCACACAUAUUUCUCUCCGGUCAAGAAUCAUCUGCUCUUUACUGUUGGAAGUCAGAGCAGCAUCAGUUCUCUUUUGUUCUGGAAGCUCCUUCUGCUCACGAUGCAGCUUCUGUCACAGUGAAGUCGCUUAACUCAAGCAAGAAUUUGAUUGCUGUGGUGGGAACCCCCCACUCACAUUUAUAUGAGCUGGCCUACAUCUCCAGCCAGUCUGACUUUAUUCCCAGUUCAGGCGAACUGCUGUUUGAACCUGGCGACAGAGAAGCUACCAUCGCAGUGACUAUCCUUGACGACACAGUUCCGGAAGAAGAAGAAUCCUUCAGAGUCCAGCUGAAAAACCCCCGAGGCGGGGCAGAGCUCGGCGCCAGUGGUCACGUGAGAAUCACCGUUCCGCCUAACGAUGAUGCAUACGGGGUCAUAGCCUUUGCUCAGAGCUCACUGCAUAAGCAAGUGGAGGAGAUGGAGCAAGAUAGCCUGGUAACCUUGAAUGUUGAACGCUUGAAAGGAACCUAUGGUCGUGUAACUGUAGCGUGGGAAGCUGACGGAAGUAUCAGUGAUGUGUUUCCUACCUCAGGAGUGCUUUCAUUUAUGGAGGGUCAGGUGCUGUCUACAAUCACUCUGACUGUCCUUGCUGAUGACCUACCGGAGUUAUCUGAGGUUGUGAUUGUCACACUCACCCACAUCACCACGGAAGGGGUUGUGGACCCACUGAGAAGUGCUGCCAUUGACCCCAGAAGAAACAAGUCUGUCGUAACGAUCCUGCCCAGUGACUCUCCCUAUGGCUUGGUGGGCUGGCACAGUGAAUCUCUCUUCACCAGAGUGGCAGAGCCUCAAGAGAAUAUCACCAUUCUUCAGUUACAAAUUGUUCGAGACAAAGGCCUAUUUGGAGAUAUUGCCAUUCACUUGAUAGCUAAACCCAAUUUCUUACUGCACAUCAAUAACCAGGCUACUGAGAAUGAAGAUUAUAUGUUGCAAGAAACAAUAAUAACAAUGAAAGAAAACACAAAAGAAACUAAUGCUAAAGUUGCCAUUUUGCCAGAUGAGACUCCCGAGUUGGAGGAAGGAUUUAUGGUCACCAUCACCGAGGUCGUCCUGGUCACCUCCGACUUCCCUGCAGAGCAGCCAAGGGCCUGGAGGCCGAGGAUGGAAAUUGCAGAGGUCAUGAUUGACGAAAAUGACGACGCCAGAGGAAUUUUUAAGUUUCAUGUUACCAGAGAUGUUAGAGGAGUCGUUACUGCCUAUGAGGUUGCUCCGCCCUUGAACCUUCUGCAAGUUCCUGUGGCCCGGCUGGCUGGAAGCUUUGGGGCAGUGACUGUUCACUGGAUAACAACACCAGACAGUGCUGGCCCGGAAGACUUUAAGCCAUCUCAGGGGAUUCUUGAGUUCGCAGAUGGACAGAUUGCUGCGGUGAUAGAAGUCAGCAUAGACGACGAUGCCGAGUUUGAACUCCCGGAGAUGUUCAGCAUCUCCUUGAGCAGCGUGUCUGGCGGCGGCAGGAUUGGUGAUGACGCGGUGGUGACUGUUGUGAUUCCCCAGAAUGAUUCUCCACUUGGAGUAUUUGGAUUUGAAGAAAAGACUGUAAUGGUUGAUGAGCCCCUGCUGUCUGAGGACCCUGAGUCCUAUGUGACACUGACCGUGGUCCGAUCCCCUGGCGGAAAAGGAGCUGUCCGACUUCACUGGGCUGUAGAAGAGAAGGCCAAGGAUGAUCUCAGUCCCUUGAAUGGGACGCUUCAUUUUGAAGAGGCUGAGUCCCGGAAGACCAUUGUACUACACACCCUUCGGAACAGCACACGGGAGGAGAACAGGCAUUUUACCAUUGCGCUGAUAUCAGCUGACGAGGUGGAAAUAUCUCCAGUAAAGGGCAGCGCAUCAGUUAUCAUCCGGGGAGAAAGGGGCGCAUCAGGAGAAGUUGGGGAAGUUGGGGUAGCCCCAGCGUCUCGGCACAUCCUUGUUGGGGAGCCCUCGGCAGAGUACAACGGUACCGCGCUCAUCAGUCUUGUUCGUGGCCCAGGAACCUGGGGGACGGUCACAGUGCUCUGGGGCCUGCUCCCGCCCUCCGCAGGGGAAUUUGUUGAGACAUCAGGAAAAGUGACCAUGAUGGACGGACAGUCUGCAGCUGUGGUAGUGAUCCAGGCUGUAAACGAUGACGUCCCCGAGGAGAAGCGUUCCUAUGAGUUCCGGCUCACUGCCGGCGGGGAGGGCGCCGUGCUCAGUGAGGCUGGCCGAGCCGCCAACGUAACCAUGGUGGCCAGUGACGCCCCCUAUGGCCGGUUUGGGUUUUCACAAGGGCAGCUUCGAGUGUCAGAGGCAGUGCAGAAGGUUAACCUCACAGUGGUCCGCUCGGGCGGCUCUUUCGGACGCGUGAGCGUCUGGUAUGAGACCAGGGACCGUACCGCGGAUGCAGGCCUGGAUUUUGUUCCCACAGCCGGGGAACUCCUCUUUGAAGCCAGAGAGGUGGCGAAAAGCCUGUAUAUUGAAAUCAUCGAUGAUGAGCAUCCUGAAGGCCCCGAGGAAUUUUCUCUAGCAAUUACAAAGGUAGAGCUCCAGGGAAGAGGGUAUGAUUUUACCAUCCAAAAACAUGGACUUCAAAUAGAUCAACCUCCUGAAAUAGGAAACAUCUCCACUGUUCGAAUCAUAAUAAUGAAAAAUGAUAACGCCGAGGGCAUUAUUGAGUUUGACCCGGAGCACACUGCCUUCACAGUGGAAGAGGCCGUUGGGCUGAUCACGAUUCCUGUGUUGAGGCUGCGUGGGACCUAUGGCCUCGUGUCGGCUGACUUCGUCUCUCAGAGCUCCUCCGCUGUUCCCGGGCGUGUCGACUACAUUCUCCACGGCAGUUCAGUCACUUUUCAGCCCGGGCAGAACUUAAGCUUCAUAAAUGUCUCCAUCAUUGAUGACAGUGACAGUGAGUUUGAGGAGCCUGUUGAAAUUCUACUCACUGGAGCUACUGGUGGAGCGAUCCUUGGGCGCCACCUAGUGAGCAAAAUCACAAUUGCCAAAAGUGACUCCCCAUUUGGCGUCAUCAGGUUUCUCAAUCAAAGCAAAAUUUCUCUUCCUAAUCCCAAUUCCACAAUGAUUUUAUACUUGAUGCUGGAGCGGACUGGUGGACUCUUGGGAGAGAUUCAGGUGGACUGGGAGGUACUGGGUCCCAGUUCUCAGCGAGCUGUACCCACACAGAAUGGAGACUUCGCAGGCCCAGUGAGUGGGAGCUUGUAUUUUGAAGAGGGAGAAGGCGGAGUGAGAACCAUCGUUCUGACAAUCUGUCCUCAUGAAGAGUUUGAAGCGGAAGAGACUUUCAUAAUUCAAAUUAAACUUGUGAAAGGAGAAGCUAAAUUAGACUCCAGAGCUAAAGACAUUACACUAAUAAUAGAAAAGUUUGGUGAUCCCAACGGAGUUGUCCGUUUUGCUCCUGAAUCUUUAUCUACGAAAACCUACUCAGAGCCGUCAGUGUCGCGUGGGCCUCAGGUCAUCUCGUUCUUCGUCAGGAGACUUGGAGGCAUCUCUGGAGAGAUUACGAUUUACUGGGAGCUAAGCAGUGAAUUUGACAUCACUGGAGACUUCCUUUGCACCAGUGGGAACUUCAGCAUGGCUGAUGGGGAGGACGCGGCCCGCUUUGACGUGCACUUGCUGCCCGAUGACACCCCGGAGAUAGAGGAGGAGUGUGUGGUCCGCCUGGUUUCCGUAGCGGGAGGGGCGGAGCUGGAUCUGGAGAAGUGUGCGGCGCGGUUCUCCGUAUCUGCAAAUGAUGACCCGCAUGGCGUGUUCGCCCUGUACCCAGAUAGCCAAUCAAUACUUAUUGGGCAAAACCUCAUGAGAUCCAUCCGAGUUAACAUAACCCGCCUCGCUGGAACGUUUGGGGAUGUGACUGUUAGGGUUCGCAUACUGUCUGAUCAUAAGGAGGAGCCAGUCACUGUGGAAAAUGCAGAGAGGCAGCUGUUGGUCAAAGAUGGUGCCCGGUAUAAAGUGGAUGUGGUGCCAAUAAAGAAUCAGGUCUUCCUGUCACUGGACUGUAAUUUCACCGUGCAACUGGUGACUGUGGUGCUUGUGAGUGGACGUUCCUAUGGAAUGCCAGCAGUUCUCCAGGAAGCGAAAUCAGCUGUUCUUCCUAUUCCUCAGGAAGCUGCCAAUUCUCAGGUUGGGUUUGACUCCACAGCCUUUCACCUCACGGACAUCGAGGCCGGCACAAGCCAAGUCACGAUUUCUAGGAGAGGCACGUAUGGGGAGCUCCUGGUGACUUGGACCUCUGGAUACGCUCCUGGGUCAGAUAUCCCUGAAUUCAUUUUUGUUGGAAACAUGACGCCAACACUGGGAAGCCUGUCAUUUUCCCACGGUGAGCUACAGAAGGGAAUUCUGCUCCAGGCGUUUCCCAGCCCUGGCCGCCCUGAGGCCUUUGUCCUUCACCUGUCAGGUGUGCGGAGCAAAGCUCCUGGGGGAGCUCAACUUCGGCCGGGUUUCACCGUUGCUGAAAUUGAACCCAUGGGAGUCUUCCAGUUUUCCCCCGGCUCUAGAAACAUCGUGGUGGCCGCGGACACGCGGACGGUCCGCAUGAGCGUGCAGCGGCUGUUCGGCUUCCGCGGCGGUCCGGUCGCCGUCUCCUUCGAGGCGGGCUCCGCGCCCGCGCGCCGCGGCGAGGCGCUUUUCCGCGGGCUGCAGGCCGAGGCGGCCUUCGACGUCGCGCUCGUGCGCGGCCGGCGGCCCGAGCCCGAGGCGCUGUGUUACGUGCGCCUGACGUCCGUGGAGGUCAGAGCGCCGGGGCCCGCGGGCGCCGCGCCGAGACCGCGCCUGCACCCGGGCCUCAGCGUGGCUGUCAUCGCGAUGAUCGCGGACGACGACGACGGGGACGCGGAGGCCACGGCGCCGGGGGUGGCCGCCCUCGCUCCUGUGCAGACCGCGCCUCCCGUCACUGAGGCGGCGGCGGCGGUGUCCGUGGUUUCGGGACCCGCGGGCGCGUCUGCGGCCGGGGACACGCCCGUGCCCGCCGCCGCCGCCGCGGGGACGCUGAGCCUCGGGCCCCCCGUCGUGCACGCGCGUGAGGAGGCGCGCGCCGCCGAGCUGCUGCUGAGGCGGAGCGGGGGGCUCGCGGGCGACGUCAGCGUCACGCUGAGCACGUUCGGCGGUCGGCGCGCGCGGGCCUCCCGCGAGUGGCCCUUCCGCGACGACGAGCCCCGCGCGCCGGGCCUGGCCUGGGCCACGGAGGACGAGGACUUCGAGGAGCGCGCGCUCACGCUCACGCUGCGGCACGGCGAGGGCGGGCGCCGGCUGCCCGUCCGCCUGGUGGACGACGACGAGCCCGAGGGCCGCGAGCUCUUCUACGUGUACCUCUCGGAGCCCCGCGGCGGCGCCCGGCUCGUGGCGGGACGGGACGACGCCGGCUUCGCGGCCUUCGCCCGGGUGGUCAUCGCAGGGAGUGACCUUCCGAAUGGUAUCAUAGGCUUCAGCGAGGAUUCGCAAAGGGGCCUGGAGAUGGGGAGAGGAGCUGGUGUGGACAGACAGCACCUUGUUGUCACAAGGCAGCCAAACAGGGCCUUUGAAGAUGUCCAGGUCUUUUGGAGAGUCACACUUAACAAAACAGCCACUGUUGUCCAGAAAGAAGGGGUAAACCUCACCGAUGAACUUCUGUCUCUGUCCGGGAUCACGACAUGUGCAGCGGGUCAGACGCAAAGUUUUAUCACGCUCCAGCUCAAGCCCGAGAAGAUACCUCGUGUGGAAGUGUACUUUUUUGUGGAGCUAUAUGAAGUAACGGCUGGAGCUGCCCUAAACAACAGCGCCAGAUUUGCUCAGAUUAAAGUCUUACAGAGUGAUGGUCCUCCAGACCACGUGUUCUUUUCUGUGGGUUCUCGGCUGCCGGUGGCUCACAAGAAGGCCACUUCAGUCAGUUUGCAGGUGGCCAGGGAUUCGGGGACCGGACUGAUGGUGUCAGUUAACUUUAGUACCCAGGAGUUGAGGAGUGCUGAAACAAUUGGUCGGACUCUUAUAUCUCCAGCUAUUUCUGGGAAGGAUUUUGUGAGAACUGAAGGCACAUUGGUCUUUGAACCUGGCCAGAGAAAUGCUGUGUUGGAUGUCAUCUUAACGCCAGACACAGGGUCUUUAAAUCCAUUUCCUAAACGCUUUCAGAUUGUGCUUUUUGACCCAAAAGGUGGGGCCAGAGUUGACAAAGUAUAUGGGACUGCCAACAUCACUGUCGUCUCUGAUGCUCGUGCACAGGCCAUCUGGGGGCUGGGUGAUGAGCUACACCAGCCCCUGGACGAGGACAUUCUCAACAGAGUGCUCCACAGCAUCAGCAUGAGGGUCGCCACCGAGAACUCGGACGAACAACUCAGCGCCGUGUUGCAUUUAAUAGAAACGAUAACUAUGGAAGGCAACAAUCAAGCCUUCGGUAUUGAAAGCCGAGCUCUUCUGUAUGAGGUUCUUUGUGCUUUAGCUAACCCAAAGCGCAAGGACACCAGGGGAUUCAGCUACUUUCCAGAAGUGACUGAGCAUUUUGCCUUUUCUCUUCUGGCUGACGUUACCUGCGGCUCUGCUGGUGAAAAAAGCAAAACCGUCCUGGACAGCUGCCCUCACUUGUCAAUCCUGGCUCUGAACUGGCACCCGCAACAGAUCAAUGGGCACAGGUUUGAAGGAAAGGAUGGUGACUAUGUCCGAGUUCCAGACAGGUUAUUGGACACUCUGGAUGCAGAAACAACAGAAGGGAAAAAUACCUGCAAAUUAGUCCAGUUUGUAGAGUAUAGCAGCCAGCAGUGGUUUACAACUGGAAAAAACCUCCCUGCCCUGAGAAACAAGGUAUUGUCCUUGAAUGUGAAAGGUCAGAGUUCACAACCCCUGUCUAACAACAAUGAGGUUCUCUACAGAAUUUAUGCUGCCAAUGAUGCUAGAAUUGUUCCCCACUCAUCUCGGUGCCUCCUUUGGAAUCAGGCCACGGCAAGCUGGUUGUCCGACAGCCACUUUUGCAAGGUGGUUGAAGAUACUUCCGACUACGUGGAGUGUGCCUGUUCACACAUGUCCGCGUACGCCGUCUACGCCCAGACGGACAACUUGUCUUCCUACAAUGAAGCCUUUUUCUCUUCUGGAUUUAUAUGUAUCUCAGGUCUUUGCUUGGCUGUUCUUUCCCAUGUCUUCUGUGCCAGGCACUCCAUGUUUGCAGCUAAACUUCUGACUCACAUGAUGGCAGCCAGCUUAGGCACACAGGUCAUGUUCCUGGCCUCUGCAUAUGCAAGCCCCCAGCUCAGUGAGGAAAGCUGCUCGGCCAUGGCUGCGGUGGCACAUUACCUGUACCUUUGCCAGUUCAGCUGGAUGCUCACUCAGGCCGUGAACUUCUGGUACGUGCUCGUGAUGAACGACGAGCACACCGAGAGGAGGUACUGGCCCUUCUUCCUCCUGAGCUGGGGCCUGCCGUCUUGUGUGGUGGUUCUCCUCAUCGCUGUCCUGAGAGUAAUCUAUCGGCAGAGCAUGCCACAGGUCUACGGCCUCAUCCAUGGUGACCUGUGCUUCAUCCCCGACGCGCACGCGGCGCUGCUCACGGCCGCCCUCGUCCCGCUCGCGUGCCUCGUGGCGGUGCUCGUGCUGUGCGCGCACGCCUACCUGCGCAAGCCGCGCUGGGCCGCCUACGACGACGUCUUCCGAGGGAGAGCCAACGCCGCAGAAAUUCCUCUGGUUUUACAUCUCUUUGCCCUGAUUUCUGUGACAUGGCUGUGGGGAGGACUUCAUGUGGCGUACAGACACUUCUGGAUGUUGGUUCUCUUCAUCAUUUUCAACAGUCUGCAGGGACUUUAUGUUUUUGUGGUUUAUUUUAUUUUACACAACCAAACAUGUUGCCCUAUGAAGGCCAGCUACACAGUAGAAGUGAAUGGUCAUCCGGGCCCCAGUACAGCCUUCUGCACACCUGGGAGUGGAAUGCCUCCUGCUGGAGGGGAGAUCAGCAAGUCCACCCAGAACCUUAUCAGUGCCAUGGAAGAGGUGCCCCCUGACUGGGAGAGAGUCUCCUUCCAACAAGCCGGCCAGGCCAGCCCAGAUUUGAAGACAGGUCCACAGAAUGGUGCCUCAUUCCCUUCUUCUGGCGGCUAUGGCCAGGGCUCCCUGAUAGCGGAUGAGGAGUCCCAGGAGUUUGAUGACUUGAUCUUUGCAUUAAAAACUGGUGCUGGUCUCAGUGUCAGUGACAAUGAGUCUGGUCAAGGCAGCCAGGAGGGAGGCACCUUGACCGACUCUCAGAUCGUAGAACUCAGGAGGAUCCCCAUCGCCGACACCCACCUCUGAGAGCCUCCCUGGCCCUAACCAUUAGCAUGGGAGAGUUUGUACUGCAACUCCGUGGAUGCGCAGCCAUUGUAAGAGGAGUCUUGCUGUACGGAACGAUUCACACAGAAGUGGCUGUUACAUUUGGGAUACAGAUUACUUAGUAUUGUCUGUCUGUCUUAAAAGUUGACUGCUCUAAUGAAAGACUAGACCCCUUUAUGUAAGCUAAUAGGGUAUACAUAUUGCAAUAAUAUUAGUUGUUUCUUAAACUGUCCUACUUAGAUAACAUUGUUUAAUGAAAAUAAAAAUUAAUAAAGGCAAUAGAAUCCA